UAUUUCAUCUCACUUUUGUCUUUACUCUCCCUCCUCUUUCCAAAACCUCCCCAUUCCUCUCUCUCUCCCCCACAUUCUAAAUCUAGGGUUUCAUUCCCUCUUCACCCGUUUUUCCUUGAUGCUUUGACUGUAGUUGAGCAGCUGUGGAAUUAGAGCUGAGAAUUUGAUGUUACAGAUUUGCAAUUUUAGGCUGGAACAUUGGAAGACUCUGGUUUUUAGGGUGAAAAAUCUCAAGAAUUGGAUCUUUAGUGUGAUUUUGCCAGUAAAUGAAUGGAUGGGAGAGAGGGGAUGACAUUACAAGGGUCAGCUUCAUAUUACCUCAAUAGAGCGGGAUUUGGUGGUUCUGGUGGUUCGGGGCCUGGCCACAAUGUUCAUGGUGCUGGUGGAGGUUCAGCCACUGCACAGGCUGGUGGGAUAAACACGCCACCUGUUUUCAAGACUCAUUCUAAUCCUAACAUUCAAGUACAUCCAAAUGUAGGGAUCAGUGGAGGUUCUGUGAGUGGUUCAGCAUUCCACGUUGAGAACCCCUCAUCCGAUUUUGCUCAUGGAAUGAGUGAUAGAAUGAAUAUGUCUAUCGUUUCCAGUUCUCCCCGGGGUGGGGAGACGGUGAAGAAGAAAAGGGGCAGGCCUAGGAAAUAUGGCCCUGAUGGAGCUAACAUGUCUUUAGGACUGUCUCCAAUGUCUACCUCCACGCCGUCCUCCGGGACUGUCACCCCAGGCGAAAAACCACGCAGAGGGAGGCCGCCAGGAACUGGGUGGAAACAGAAACUUGCUCCACUUGGUGACUGGAUGAACAGUUCUGCUGGACUAGCUUUUACUCCACACGUGCUGCACAUUCAAGCUGGAGAGGAUGUUGCGGCAAAAAUAUUGGCCUUUGCACAACAGAGACCGAGAGCUUUAUGUAUCUUGUCUGGUAGUGGAUCAGUUUCUGCUGUGACACUACGCCAACCUACAACUUCUGGUGGCACUGUAACAUAUGAGGGCCGUUUUGAGAUACUAUGCUUGUCUGGUUCUUACUUGCUUGCUGAAAGUGGUGGUCCACGCAAUCGGACUGGUGGUAUAAGCAUUUCUGUCUGUAGUCCUGAUGGCCAUAUGAUCGGUGGUGCGAUAGGCGGUAAGCUCAUCGCAGCAAACCCCGUGCAGGUGGUUGCAUGCAGCUUUGUGUACGGAGGUACAAAGGCAAAGAACAAAGCUGACUCCGGAUCAACAGAUGAAAAAUACCUGCUAGAACAACAACCUGCGGAGAAUUCUUCAACCCCACUCAGUACUGCUCCAACUCAAAACCUCACUCCUAACUCCGGAACAAGCGUUUGGCCAUUGGGUUCACGGCUGGACGUCAAAAGCUCCCAGGGAGGAAUUGACCUGAUGCGCGGAUAACAACAGUCUACAAUAGGCACAUUGCAGUUUUUUUUGUAUAUAUGUGUUGUUGUAAAUGGAACGCGCCAGGGACCAACCAACUCUGAACUCGCCGUCUCCCUACUAUUAGACGGUGGGUUUGCUAACAUAUCAAUCCUGUAACAGAACUUCGCUCCCAGGUUCUUGAAAAAUUAGCUGUGGUAGAGAACUUACAAUCGUCGGAAGGUAAAGGAUUUGUUGUCAUUGUAAUAGGUAGGUUAAUUGUUGUCUGCAAAAGGUGGUGUCUUAGUUAACUUAAUGGGAUUCCUUUUGUCCCGGUCCAUUGCUUACCACCGGACCGCUAACCCCAUGACCCUGUAAUGUUAACUUGGAUAUUCAGGCUACUGAUUCGAGUCUGUUGUUACCCUUUUUGGCACGACAGUUUCUGGUUAUGAGCAUUGAGAUUCUUUGCAUA